CGUGCGUCCCCUGCCCCGCCCCCGCCGGCCGCCGCCUCUGCCGCGCCCCGCCGCCAUUGGACCGAAGGCCCGCCGCCCUCCUCCCGCUCCCCUCACGUCACCCCCGCCUCCAAGCUACGACGCGCGAUCCGCGCCCCAUUCCGUACUGCUGCCCCGCCACUGCCUGUUCCCCUCUCUGCCUCCCCCGCCUGCGACGGCGCGGCACGCCGGCAGUGCUCCCCGGCACCCUCUGGCCCCCGUCGGCUAGUGGUUGCCGCCUGCACCUCCGAACCCGAGCUCCGACGCCGAGAGAGACACAAGGAGGAGGAGGAGGAGGAGUCGUUGGCCUGCUGCACUGCUUGCCUACUGUUCCGCUUUGGACAGGAAGGGAGAGCCCCAAUGGACAUGAAUGAAGAGCAACCUCAUGCUGAAGAUCGGUGCAUACUAUGGUCGGAUGGGAUGCAGCUGCUCAAAGACGCGGCAGAAGGAAAACAUUUCCUCCCUACCGGACUUGAAGGCAUCGAUACGCUUCUUGGAGGUGGGCUGCGCAAAGGCCAGUUGACAGAAAUAACCGGCCAGUCAUCUUCUGGUAAAACACAGGUCUGUCUAUAUUCUGCUGCACAUGUUGCAGCCAGGCAUAUGGGUCUUGUUCUCUACUUGGAUACUAGUAAUUCAUUCUCCCCUAGCCGAAUUGCUCACAUUCUUGAUGAACUACCCAUCUCUUUGAUCAAAGAGCCAAAGGAUGUGAGGCUUAAGAGGGUCAUGAGCAGUAUCAUUUGUGAGUCUGUAUUUGAUAUAUUUGCUUUGUUUGAAGUACUAGAUCGACUUGAAGUCUCAUUGAAUGGAAAGGUAACUAAUGGCAGUAACAGGAUAUGCCUGCUUAUCAUUGACUCGGUAUCAUCUCUACUUGCUCCCAUUAUCGGCGGGAAGAAUUCACAAGGGCGGUCGAUGAUGAUAUCAGUGGCGAUGAUUCUUAAGAAGUUGGCACAUAAGCACAAUCUAUCUGUUCUGGUAACGAAUCAUAUGGUCGCCGGGAAUGGAGCUCCAAAACCUGCCCUUGGUGAGAGCUGGAAAGCUGUUCCACAUAUUCGCCUGAUGAUCUCUCGUGAUCGUGGGAGCAAUAUCUGCACCGCGACGGCACUGAAGCACACGCUACUGGCUUGUGGUCGCCAUAUGAAAUUUCAGUUCCUACCUAGCUGAAUUCGCCGAGCAUGCAUGGUGUUUGAGGAGAACAUACCAGGCGUAUCUGGAGAAAUGUGUGGCCGCACACGGCGACAAUUGGGCAUGACUAUCGACAGCUUCACUGGCGUCAAGAUUCAGACUUGGCAUGUAUCACAGGCGCGUCAGACGUACUCCCUCCAUUUACAAAUAUAAGAUGUUUUGGAUAUCUUAGUAUGAACCACAUGCAGAUUGAAAUGAGUGAAUAAAAGCACUAGAAAAUGUCUAUAUAAAUUCGAUUCAGAAAAA